AUUCUGUGGCAGUUCUGGUGCUGCUGAUAAACAUUCCUCUCUAGAUUUGCUCCUCUUCAAAGCCUUUCUGAGCCCCUGCCUUGUCCCUUUUUAGUCAUCUUCUGACCCAUGAGCCACCAGCUUGGAAAGCUGUCUGAUGUGUUGCAUAUGCUUCAGGCAUCAUCGUAGGUUCAUCACAAUUGCUUCUCUUUACAAUUCUCAAAGCAGCACGCUGGUAAUGGAAGUGUCCCAGGGACUGCAGGCAUGUGGGUGUAUAUUCAUUGUUCCUACACCUACUUCCUUACCUUUCUCACUAAGAGAAGCAGUUUUGAGGAGCAGAUGGAGCAGGGCUGUGUUCAGCCUGUUACAGCAGGGAGCUCUGCUGGUCUCCCUGACUUGUAGAAGUGGGAGCUUGCACUGAUACUGCUGUCAUAGUGAGUGAAGCAUGCUGUGCUCUCCCAGGAUCUCAGCCACUCUGAGAUAUGACAUGGAAGAGGAGUUCCUCAAAAACAGUGGUGUUCAAGGUGGAUCAGAUGCUUGCUUCCUACCCCAGCUUUUCUUUGGAGGUACUUUGUUACCGUUGCUGCUUAUAGCUCAUAGGAAUAAAAGAGCUGGGGGAAGACAAUCCGCAGCACUCGCAGAAGCUCCGGGAAGAUGUCGGAUCAUUCCUGUGCAGUGUUUCUGUUCUUACCUGUGCUCACCUGUGCUCUGAUGCGCAGCGUCUGCCCAGUAACGCGUUCCCCCUCCGCUCCGUUUCCACGGCAGGGCCGACCUGUUCGCUUCGCCUCUCCCGGUGCCCGGGGAGGAACCGCGCUGCCGCCUGGCGGGCAGCUGCCGUCGGUGCGGGGAGCGGAGCCUCGGACGGCUGCGGUAUCACCGCGGGGCCUCCGGGUGCCGCUGUUGGCCGCCGCCGCCGCCGCUUCCCGUCCCCCCGGCUGCUCUCUCUCCCGGCGCUGCUCACAACGGGCAGCAGAGACGCAGCGGCAGAGUCGGAGCCCGGAUCGCAGCGUUCAGUCCGCAUCAGAGCUCGGGGAGGGCGAUUCCCGGCUGGAAUCGCUGCGGGAGGAGGAAGGAGAGCGGCGAACGCAGCUCCCAAUGGCGGGCGGGCAGCAGCGGAGCCGCUGGAGAUGGGCAGAGGGGCUGCUGCCCGCUUUGUUGCUGUGCUGCUGCUGCUGCCGGGCGGCGCCGGAGCGGCUCCGCUACGCGAUCCCCGAAGAGCUGAGCAGGGGUUCGCUGGUGGGGCCGCUGGCGCGGGACCUGGGGCUGAGCCCGGCAGAGCUGCCGGCGCGUCAGCUGCGGAUUGUCUCCGGUGAUGAAAAGCGAUACUUCGUUCUCGAGGAAGAGAGUGGAAACCUGCGCGUAAACGAGAGGAUAGAUCGGGAGGGCAUCUGCGGAGACGUGACGCCUUGUGUCUUCGGUUUGGAAACUGUCAUGGAAAACCCUUUCAAUAUAUAUCACGUGAGCAUUACUAUCCAGGAUAUCAAUGACAAUGCGCCGCGCUUUGACAAAGAAGUUGUUGCUAUAGAAUUGAUCGAGUCCACUCCUCCCGGGACGAGGCUCCCCCUGGGCACUGGCAGAGAUCCCGAUAUUGGGGUGAACUCGUUACAGAGCUACCAACUUACCCCCAAUCCGCUCUUCUCCCUUGUAGUGAAGGAGGACUCUGAUGGGAGGAAACAUGCAGAGCUGCUGUUGGAGAAAAACUUAGAUCGUGAAAAACAGAAAAGCCAUAAUUUGAUACUAACGGCAGUGGACGGUGGGGAUCCAGUCCGAUCUGGAACCACCCAGAUAAAGAUCGAUGUGACUGAUGCAAAUGAUAACGCACCGGUGUUCACCAAAGAGAUCUACAAGGUUGGAGUGCCAGAAAACCUUCCAGAAGGCUCCUUAGCUUUUCAGGUGAAAGCUACUGAUGGAGAUGAGGGUACAAACGCGGAAAUCACCUAUUCUUUCAACGACAUUGCAAGCAGUGCUCGCCAGCUCUUCAGUCUGGACCCCAAGACAGGUGACGUGAGGAUUACCGGUCCCCUGGAUUACGAAGAUGUGAAAUACUAUAAAGUAACUGUUGAAGGCAAGGACGGAGGUGGGCUGAGUGCGCACGCCAAAGUGCACAUAGACAUUAUAGACGUGAACGACAACGCUCCAAGCCUUACCCUCCUGCCUAUUUUGAACCCGAUACCCGAGGAUUCAGUUCCGAGCACAGUCGUGGCUGUGAUCAACGUUCGUGACAGGGACUCCGGAGUAAAUGGGGAAGUGACCUGUAAUCUUGACGGCGACUUGCCUUUCAAACUAGAAGCGUCAUCAGAGAGUACCUACAAACUUGUAAUUGAAAAUAGCCUGGACAGAGAGGAAGUCUCUACUUACAACAUCACGAUCAUCGCCACGGACCGGGGCAGCCCGGCGCUGUCGAGCCGCGCGGAUCUGGUGCUGGAGGUGUCGGACGUGAACGACAACGCGCCGGCGUUCUCGCAGGCCGUGUACAGGGUCUACGCGCGGGAGAACAACGCGGCGGGCGCGGAGCUGGCGCGGCUGUGGGCGCGGGACCCGGACGAGGGGGGCAACGGGCGCGUGAGCUACUCGGUGGCGGAGGGCGGCGCGGAGGCGGCCGCCGUGUCGGUGCGGGCGGAGACGGGCGAGCUGUACGCGCAGCGCUCGUUCGACUACGAGCGGUGCCGCGAGUUCGCCGUGGAGGUGCGGGCGCGGGACGGAGGGACGCCGGCGCGCAGCGCCACGGCCACGGUGCGCGUCUUCGUGCUGGACCGCAACGACAACGCGCCGCGGGUGCUGUGGCCGGCGGCGGGCGGGGCGGACGGCGGCGGCGCGGGGGCGGGGGCGGGAGCGGGGGCGGGGCCGUUCGAGUUGGUGCCGCGCUCUGCUGGGCCUGGCUACCUGGUGGGCACAGUGACGGCAGUGGAUGCAGACGCAGGGCUGAACUCCCGCCUGUCGUACCAGCUGCUCCAGGCGCCGGAGCCGGCGCUGUUCCGCGUGGGGCUGCACAGCGGCGAGGUGCGCACGACGCGGGCCGUGUCGGAGCGGGACGCGGCCAAGCAGCGGCUGGUGGCCGUGGUGAAGGACCACGGGCAGCCGGCGCUGUCGGCCACGGCCACGCUGCACGUGGUGCUGGCCGAGAGCGUGCAGGACGCGCUGCCGGAGCUGAGCGAGAAGAACGCCGAGUCUGAGGUGGCUUCUGAUCUAAACCUCAUUCUCGUGGUAGCUCUCGCUUUGGUGUCUUUGCUAUUCGUUUUCACGGUCAUUUUAGUCGUGUUCUUUAAAUGCCGACGGCCCAGGAGCCCCCCCAUCUUUCUAACUUCCGAUAAGGAACUCUACUCCAGCCUGGGCCCCAAAGCGCCCUUCAACUACUGCAGCAGCACGCUGCCCCUGCCCUAUGCCUACGAGGUGUGCCUGGCCUCCGAGUCGGGCCAGAAGGACUUCACGUUUCUCAAACCAGGGGCAGCAGCGCUCUCUGACCUUUUGACGGGGGAAGCCGGUGCAGGUGGUCAGUCCGAGAAGGACCCUCCCGACCCUGACAGCUCGGUGCAGAGGGGCCAGCUGAGGAUUUCUAGGGGGAAGAGGCGGGGAGCGAUGAAAGGCGUCGCUGCGAGGAGCCGCGGGGUGACGCCGGGGCAGGUAUUGAGCCUCUGCCUCCUGCUCGCCGCUUCCUCCGGGGCUUCCGCCGCCAUUCGCUAUGCCAUCCCCGAGGAGGCGCGGAGAGGAUCGGCCGUGGGCAACGUGGCAGCCGACCUGGCGCUGGACCCGGCUCGACUGUCGGGGCGGCGACCGCGGGUGGUGUCCGGCGGCAGCAAGAAGUACUUCGCGGUGGAUCCGGCGAGCGGGGCGCUGGUGGUGAGCUCGCGGCUGGACCGGGAGGAGCUGUGCGGAGCGCUCUCCCCCUGCACCCUCAGCUUUGAGAUCGUGCUGGAGAAACCUCUGGAGCUGUACAGCGGCGCCGUGGAGAUCCAGGACAUCAAUGACAACGACCCGGUUUUUCCCAGCGGUCAGGCGAGGCUGGAAAUCAGCGAGUCGGUGGUGGCCGGGACGCGCUUCCCGCUAGAGAGCGCGCAAGAUCCCGAUGUGGGAAUUAACUCUUUGCAGACCUACCAGCUCAGCGCCAACCCGCACUUCGUGCUGGACGUACAGACGAGGGUGGACGGCAGCAAGCAUGCGGAACUGGUGCUAGAGAAGGAACUGGACAGGGAGGAACAACGAGAGCUGCACUUGGUCUUGACGGCGCUGGAUGGAGGCAGCCCGCCACGGUCGGCCCACAUGCAGAUCCACAUUGACGUGGUGGACUCCAAUGAUAAUGCUCCAGUCUUCAACCAGUCCACCUAUAAGGCAAGUGUGAGGGAGAACACGCCCAGCGGCACCCUGGUCACCAAGGUCAGUGCCUAUGACCUGGAUGAUGGGCCCAAUGGAGACAUCGUCUACUCCUUCAGCAGCCACACGCCAGCCAAGGUACGAGAGCUCUUUGCUCUGGACUCAGACACAGGGGAGCUGAGGGUCAAAGGCCAGCUGGACUAUGAGGAAACGAAGCUGUAUGAGAUUUACUUACAGGCUAAAGAUAAAGGUGCCGUUCCUGGUGUUGCCAACUGCAAAGUGCUGGUUGAAGUCGUGGAUGUGAAUGAUAAUGCUCCAGAGGUGACGGUGACUUCGGUGUACAGCCCUGUGCCUGAGGAUGCAGCCCCGGGGACUGUUGUAGCUCUGCUGAGUGUAACAGACUUGGACUCUCGAGACAACGGUCUGGUGAACUGUUUUAUUCCCCCUGGGAUCCCAUUCACGCUCAGUUCCUCCCUCAAAAAUUACUACACAUUGAAAACUAAAGCAGCUCUGGACCGGGAAGAGGCAUCAGAGUACAACAUCACCGUCACAGCCAGGGACUCGGGUUCGCCGCCCUUGUCUGCAGUAAAGCACAUCCUGGUGCAGGUGUCAGACGUCAACGACAAUGCACCCAAAUCUUCCCAGGACUCCUAUGAUGUGUACGUGCUGGAGAACAACGUGCCAGGCAUCUCUAUUCUUAAUGUGAGCGCCACAGACCCAGACCUGGGGCGCAACGGCCAUCUCUCCUAUUCCCUCCUGCAGGGUGACAACACCGUGGGUCACCUCUUCUCCAUCAACCGGGAGAGUGGUGCCCUCCAUCUGCUGACCUCCCUGGACCAUGAGGACCGGAUGGAGUUCAGCAUGAUGGUGCAGGUUCAGGACGGUGGCUCUCCGCCUCUUGCCACCAACCUGUCGGUCAAUGUGUUUGUCACUGACCUCAAUGACAAUGCCCCCACUGUGCUGUACCCCCUCCCCAACUCCACAUCCUCCUAUACCGACGUGGUGGCACCGGGCACUCCUGCGGGUCACGUUGUCACCAAGGUGGUGGCGGUGGACGCGGAUGCGGGAUACAAUGCCUGGAUCUCCUACACCCUGCUGCAGGCCACUGACCCCACUCUCUUCUCAGUCGGGCUGCACAGUGGGGAGAUCAUCACAGCCCGUCAGCUCCGGGAGGACGAGGCUCCUCAGCACACCUUGGUCAUCCUGCUGAAGGACCACGGGGAGCCCGCGCUGUCAGCCAGUGCCACCGUCUCCAUCUCUGUAGCCGAGAGGGUCAAGGAGGCACUCACCGACCUCACUGAUGUGACACCCCCACAUGACCCCAAGAGGCAUAUGACUUUCUAUCUCAUCUUGGCUGUCAUUUUGGUCUCGGCCGCUUUCUUCAUCACCAUAGUGUCGGUGGGCAUCUUCAAGUGCUACAAGUGGAGGCAGUCAAAGGAGCUGUUCAACAGCUCCAGGAGCACCCUGUACAGGACACCAGGGCCCUUCCACCACGUUGAUGCCGUGCGGGGUGGUUUCACACCACCCAACUUCUACCAUCAGGUCUAUCUCACCACGGACUCUCGGCAGAGUGAUCUCCUGUGUAAAAAACCCAUCACAUCCAGCCCCCUGGGGAGCCGCCAGAACACCAUGAGGAGUGGUGAGCCAGGACUGUACCACCAAAUGGUGGGCACCGCCAGCCGGCUCCCCGCACCCACUGAGCAAGCUCAACCUAACCCGGACUGGCGCUUCUCUCAGACCCAGAGACCUGGAACAAGUGGCUCUCAGAAUGGAGAGGAAGGUGGAGCCUGGCCCAACAACCAGUUCGACACGGAGAUGCUUCAAGCCAUGAUCCUGGCCUCGGCAAAUGAAGCCACUGAUGUCAACGCAACACUGGGUGGGGGCACAGGCACCAUGGGGCUGAGCGCCCGCUAUGGCCCCCAGUUCACCCUGCAACACGUCCCCGACUACCGGCAGAACGUCUACAUCCCGGGCAGCACCGCCACACUGAGCAACGCCGCCGGCAAACGCGACGCCAAACCCUCAGGCGGCAACAAGAAGAAAUCUGGCAAGAAGGAAAAGAAGUAGAAAGGAGACGUCAGAGCGGCCGGGCAGCGCGUGCCAGCACUCCCCAACACCACAGGAGGACGAAUGUGGAUUUGCUUUUUAUUUCUCAUUUCUUGGCGACGCAAAAGUUAGGAAGCGCUGCGAAUGUAUUGUCAUCGUCAGAGCUAGGAGCAGGCUGCCUGCUGUUAGGUCUCAUGAUGAAAAGCAAUCUGGAAAGCUAAAGCUAACACAAACAAGUGCCCUGUGAAUACAGCUAACGUUUUAUACGACCCCUCGGGUGUUAGGAUGCACGAGGUCGAAAGGCUUCGGCCAAAUCCUUGGCUUCACUUUGCUCCCAGAUGGUCCGAGAAAGGCACGAGGCUCUCGCUCGGCUUCGUCCAGUGUAAAUAAUUGUAACACCCAUCUGUUAAUUUAUAGAGCUUUGAUCGUUUUCAUUAUGGAAAGAAAAAGGAAUUUCCCAGCAGAAAAGCCCCACGCUCCACAUUUUCUGCUCUUUUAACUUUGUGAAACUCACCCUGGGUUAUUCGUAGCGGUGGAUUUGUGGGUAGGGAGUGCUUCAGUUCCUGUUCAGCUGUUUAUCUGAGAAAGAAAAAGAAGUGUUCGUAUUGCAUGAAUCAAAGGGAACAAUGCAGAGCUGCAUCCUGAGCAGUUAUUGUUUUGUUUUGUUUUGUUUUGUUUUGUUUUGUUUUCCUGAAGUACAACCAGCCAUGGCCUGAGAGCUCCUGGCGUCUGAGCGGGGGUUUGGACCGGCCCUGGGGGAAUCUGAGCAGACACAUCUCAUCCCUUCGUUGCAGUAAAUAUUUAUGUGUACAGUCAAUGUUCUUUUGGAAUUAAAGCGACGGGGCUGGAAGGGGCUGCUCUGCACCUCGCCAUGACCCCACGUGUGCAUCACCUGCAUCACAGCUGCACUUUGGAACACGCAUCCCAACACACCCCCCACCCCAGGAUGUCCUCACAUGGCUGCAUGGCAUGAAGUGAAGGCACCUUGUAUUUGGGGAGUGGGGGACAAG